AUGUCAGAAAUUGUUAGAACUAUCGAAGACUAUUUAAAGGGUGAAGAAACUUGUACAUUUAAAUAUGAGUGGACAAUUAAAAACUUCAAUCAGUCGACCAUAAGAGAAACAAUGACAUCACCAAGUUUUUCAUCUCAUUAUUCUGAUUUUGACGAUGAAUGGAUUAUGAAAAUGUAUCCAAGAAAAGCAACCGAUUUAAAUGACGAUUCUGAAUCUGAUACUCACUCUCUUAGUUCUAAAUUUUAUGAUUUGUCGCUGGAUCUAGAACUUCAAUCAUUCCAAGCAUUCAAUGAUCCUCUACAAUUACAAGUUAUUUUUGUGAUAUCAAUUAAUAACAAACUAGGAGCAGCUAUUGUAAAAAGUCUCGAUACUCUUCUAGAAACAAUUAGCUACCCAAUUUCAAGUUCAGAGUUGUUGAAAGUAUCGAAUGAAUAUGAUGAAUUUAAAAUUAAUUGUACAAUACAAAUGUCUAAAAAAAUAACAAAUAAUUCUGCUGUAUUUUCAAAAUUUAAUGCAACACCACAACUGAGCUUAGACUGCAAAAAACUUUUGUUAAAUAAAAAAUCAGCUGAUGUUACUAUUGAAGUGGGUCAAAAAUCAUUUCGUGCAAUCAAAGGAAUUCUUGGAUCACCGAAUAUUGACAAAAUGCCAAUGGAACUACUUGCUGUUGCUGAAAAAUAUCAGGUUGAUCACCUUAAAAAUAUUUGUGAAGGAGACAUAUGCGAAACGAUAAACUUUGAUAAUGUUGCAAGUAUACUUGUUUUUUCUGACAGAUAUAAUCUUGAGAAACUCAAUAAAAAAUGUUUAGAAUUUAUGAAAAAAAAUUUACGAGCUGUCAUGUCAAAUGAAAAAUUUCAAGUUAAAAAAAAAAAAUAUCCUGAACUUUUUGUAGGUGUUCUUGAGCACUUGCUGUUGUCAUAA